UUAGUUCUGUUUGAGGGACGUUUUUGUGAGAGUCUGUCUCGCCACCCCGUUCUGCGAGCGGAGAUGGAACAGGGUCACAAGAGGCAUGGCCUGUGCGGUUUUCAUCAGCCAUUUCAACCAUCUGUGCCAUUCACGCCGUUCCCAUUCGUCGACCGGGCGGCGCCUCUGGCGAGAGGAGCCCAGGCCAUUGCCUGUCAUCCAGACUGGUUCCGUCCAAUGCCUGAGACCCCGGUGCGCUAG